UUUAUGAUGACAUAUACUUUUUACUCUGUUUUUAGGAAGUAUUCAACAUCAAUUAAAAUGUCUUCCACCAAGUCUCCAAAUGCAAGCGAAACACCCAGAAAACCAGGAUUGAGAACUGUUCAAACAACUAUGCUCUUCCGAGCUGUGAACCCAGAGCUUUUCAUUAAACCUAACAAGCCUGUGAUGGCAUUUGGGCUCGUAGCAAUUACCCUCUGUGUGGCCUACCUUGGUUAUUUGCAUGCAACAAUAGAGAAUAAAAAGGACCUCUAUGAAGCAAUUGACAGUGAGGGGUCCAGCUAUCUGAGGAGGAAGACUUCUAAGUGGGACUGAGGACAUAAGGAAGGAAAUCAGCAAAUCAAUAACAGAACUUUGCCAGGCAACUACUAUUUUUUUUUUCUCUCUCCCUUGAAAUAAUGGAUAAAUGUCUCUCUUGUUGUUCAGUCCAGUUUAAGUUCCUUUGUAAAAUGCCAUACCUGUACAAAUGAAUUGCAAUUGAGAUACAUGUGAACAUAAAAGUGACUUU